AUGCCCGGGCUGCGCCGGGACCGCCUGCUGACGCUGCUGCUGCUGGGCGCGCUGCUCUCCGCCGACCUCUACUUCCACCUCUGGCCGCAAGUGCAGCGCCAGCUGCGGCCCCGGGAGCGCCCACGCAGCUGCCCGUGCGCCGGCCGCGCCUCCUCCCCGGCGGCCCCGGCCCCAGCCUCCGCCGCCCCCGGCGCGGCCGCGCACAACUUUUCCCGAGCCGGGCCCCGGGCUGAGCCGGCCGGCGGCGGCCGCAGCGGCUCGGGCUCCAAGCUGCAGGCCCUCUUCGCCCACCCGCUGUACAGUGUCCCGGAGGAGCCGCCUCUGCUCGGACCCGAAGACUCGCUGCUGGCCAGCCAGGAGGCGCUGCGGUACUACCGGAGGAAGGUGGCCCGCUGGAACAGACGACAAAAGAUGUACAGACAGCAGAUGAACCUCACCUCCCUGGACCCCCCACUGCAGCUCCGUGUCGAGGCCAGCUGGGUCCAGUUCCACCUGGAGAUCAACCGCCACGGGCUCUACUCCCGGUCCAGUCCCACGGUCAGCAAACUGCUGCACGACAUGAAGCACUUCCCCACCAUCAGCGCCGAUUACAGCCAAGACGAGAAAGCAUUGCUUGGGGCGUGUGACUGCACCCAGAUUGUGAAACCCAGCGGGGUCCACCUCAAGCUGGUGCUGAGGUUCUCGGAUUUCGGGAAGGCCAUGUUCAAACCCAUGAGACAGCAGCGAGACGAGGAGACACCCGAGGACUUCUUCUAUUUCAUUGACUUCCAGAGGCACAACGCCGAGAUCGCGGCUUUCCAUCUGGACAGGAUUCUGGACUUCAGGCGGGUGCCGCCAACAGUGGGCAGGCUAGUCAACGUCACCAAGGAAAUCCUAGAGGUCACCAAGAAUGAAAUCCUGCAGAGCGUCUUCUUUGUCUCUCCAGCUAGCAACGUGUGCUUCUUCGCCAAGUGUCCCUACAUGUGCAAGACCGAGUAUGCUGUCUGCGGCAACCCGCACCUGCUGGAGGGCUCCCUCUCCGCCUUCCUGCCGUCCCUCAACCUGGCCCCCAGGCUGUCUGUGCCCAACCCCUGGAUCCGCUCCUACUCACUGGCAGGAAAAGAGGAGUGGGAGGUCAAUCCCCUGUACUGCGACACGGUGAGACAGAUCUACCCCUACAACAGCAGCAACCGGCUCCUCAACGUCAUCGACAUGGCCAUCUUCGACUUCUUGAUAGGAAACAUGGACCGUCACCAUUAUGAGAUGUUCACCAAAUUUGGGGACGACGGGUUCCUUAUUCACCUUGACAACGCCAGAGGGUUCGGACGACACUCCCAUGACGAAAUCUCCAUCCUCUCGCCUCUCUCCCAGUGCUGCAUGAUAAAAAGGAAAACACUUUUGCACCUAGAGUUGCUGGCGCAGGCCGACUAUAAACUCAGUGACGUGAUGCGGGAGUCGCUGCUAGAAGACCGGCUGACCCCCGUCCUCACAGAACCCCACCUCCUUGCCCUGGAUCGGAGACUCCAAAUCAUCCUAAGGACAGUGGAGAGGUGCAUAGAAGUCCACGGAGAGCAGAGUGUCAUAGCCCCCGACCCUGGCCAGGCUAACUUGACAAACUAAGGACUACAAGAGUCAAUUUUCACAAAAUACACCUGGAGCCAGCGGCAGUAGCCUCCAGAAUGCAGACCACUGCUUCCUCACUUCCACCUAUUAAUGCUGGAGGCCGAGUCAUGAGCUCAGGAAAAAGGAAGGGCAUUUCUGAAACAGCAAGUGGGAUCCACUGAUCGUGUGAUCUCUACUCCUUGGUGCAUUGCUUCUAUCGUGAAUUGUCUCGGCUCUGUUUUUCCCAGAGAGCACUGGCUUCAUCAAGGCCACAGACUAUCUCCUGAGCACACUGGAAAAUGUGGAUAUGGGUCAGCCUUGGAAGGUUUGGAAACCUUGUUCUCAGGAGAGAGUAUUAACUGUAACAAGUCAAAUAAAAGGACAUCAAGUGGA